ACCCGCUUGUAAACACCUGUCUUUCUUUUGCCGACUGGGGUUGCACUUCAGCUCAGGGCGGAUUCUGCUAUGGAGUGCAGGCAUCGAUUUCCAAACUGGCGACGGGCCACUGUUUUUGAGUGAUGAUUUUCUCUGGAGAGAAGUAUUUUCAUAAAUUAUCGGUUAAUCCACUGAAAAUUGAAAGGAAAAUGAGGAAGUGAGCUUUCAUUUGGAAUGUGUCUUGAACACCUGAGAUAUUUGUAUAUUUUUGAUUCGUUAAAGUGGGGAUAUUUAUCACUGUUGCCUAUACAGCUUAUUUACGGGUCAGCAACUAUAACCAGGUCAGUAAUAAAUCCACGCGCUUGUUGACGGAGCUUUCACGGUAGGCCUACUCGUGACUGACAAGUUGCUAGCGCCAAGGUCAGAGCUCUUGUGCCUGUUAUAUAAUUUUUUUUGCUCUAGGCAGCAGUUUCACUCUAACAGUACAUGUAUUGUAAUACGUGCAAGUCAAAGUAUUAACCCUUGCAUUCCUAGACUUUAGCAUGUGACCCACAUUAAAUUUGUGUGGUGUGACCGGCACAGUCACUCCUCUGUGGGUGACAUUGCUGCACUCAGCCAUCUUGCUUGAAUACUCCUGAAUAACGGCGUGGGUAGCCUCGAUGCGAUGAUGGUCGACCGGGGUUGGUCCUGGGCUGUGCUGGUAGGUGCACAUGUCGGCGUAAUGCUGACUAAUGGCUAUUUGACCACCCUGGGUGUAUUCUAUAACGAAUGGAAGGAUUACUUUGAUGUCAAUGCUACUGCUGCUAGCUGGCUGAUAAGUCUACCGUGGCUGAGUGCUUGCCCGAUAAGUUGGUUGGUUGGUGCACUAGCUACUAAGAUUGGUGUGCGUCAGGUGUCAAUGAUUGGAGCCGUAGUUAUUGCACUUGCAACAACACUGGGAUCGUUGACAACCGAUAUCGGGCAAAUGUAUGUUUGCAAUGCUGUAGCCGGCAUUGGCGCUGUGGCGGUAGUGUCACCGGGAGCUAUCAUUAUUUCACAGUACUUCAAGAAGCGCUAUUUUUUGGCGAAUGGUAUCACAAUCCUUGGCUUAAAUACGGGUCAGAUGGUAUUUCCUCCAUUAAUUCGCCUACUAAUUUCUGCUUAUGGUUGGAGGGGUGCCAUGUUCAUUACUGGAGCCUUUCAGUUCAAUGCAGUGGCUGCUUGUGCCCUUUUCAGACCCUUCAAGACCGACUUUGACAUCGACAAAGUCCAAUCACCAUCCCGGGCGGGGAGCGUAGAAUCCCAUCCGUUGCGUGAUGUCGUGGAGAGUGAAAAGGAGGAUAACAUGUCAGAGAAUGCAUUGCAAGAGCAAGACGGAGGGACCAGACAGAAAUGCUGGAGGUUUCUUGAGAUCUUUACCAAUCUUCAGGCUGUGAUGAUUUUGAUGACGAGUUGUCUGCAAUGUGUUGGUCUAGUGAUGAAUAUAACUCAUCUUCCGGCCCGAGCUAGGGAAGCUGGUUGGUCGAAUACGCAAGGAGCCAUGCUUGUUCUAGCGUUUGGGAUUUCAUCUGCAUUGACCCGUUCACUUCAUGGUUGGUUUGUAGGCCGAGCUUACGUUGAUUCUUUCAUUCUGCAGCUCACUGUCCUCCUGUGUACUACCCUGACAACAUUUCUAAAUCCAGUGUCAGACAGUUAUGUCUUCCUGGUGUGUUACUCCGUGGCUCUAGGCACGUUUCUCGGAGUUAGUGUUCCACUUUUGAUGGCCAACGUAAAGACAGUUGUCAGUACACCACAAGUUCCCACAGCAUUGAGUUUGAUGUGGGCUACGUUCUACCUCGGUGGAAUUGGUUCGAUUGUCGCUGGUAAAAUCUAUGAUGCUACAGGGGCCUACUUGGUGCCUUUCUUGGCAGCCGGUACCUUAUUUCUCACAGCUUUCCUAUUAUUUGCCGUGGUCACAGUCAGGAAGAACCGACAAAACGCAGGACUUCAAAGACUGUAGCAUUCAUUCAUAAUGGGUUUUUUUUCACUUUAACACGCCUUUUGACAGAAGAACCCACUGAAAACAACACGAAUUACAGAGCUAAUUAUCAAGAGCUAUGCGAAGUAACUAGAGAGGACGCCCUACAUGCGGCUCACGAGAGAGAAGCUCGGAUACAAACUAACCACAUGCGAUAUUGAAAGGGAGUUUUGUUUCCUCAUUUCCUCUUCAUGGUUAAACGACCGGAGAUAAUUUCAAUGAGUUGAUAACGAUAACGGUAGACGUUCUAUGUACAGGGUACAUGGAAAGUUAAGUUAGAUAAUGUUCUAAUAUUAUAGUCAUAUAAACUAAAUAUAUUAUAUUAUAUCUAACCUUUGUUCUUACAGACUAAUAAGUUUAAGAUCGUACAAAACUCCCCUCCCCAUGAUGUGAUAAGAACCAGAGCAAAUAUGGCGUCUAAUUGGAUAGACUCAGGGCAGAUGGACUACUAUCUGCCCUGAGCAGAAACACCCCCUUAUCGGUUGAAAAGAGCCAUGUCGGUCGGCAGUGUUCAUUUUGUUGGUAGCGAUGCGACCGUAACGGCGUAUAUUUCCUAGUACAUUUAUUGAUUAUUCAACUUACUUUCAAAUCAGCUAGGCCUAUGAACAACCUCACGUUUGCCGUAAUAAUUAGAUUUUCAAGAAUAUGAUAAUUAAUGGUGUCAAAGGCUUUGGGUUAAAAUAUAAGAAUACACCUAUUGAAUAGACAUUUUCUUUAAACCUUGGAUUUUUUAUGUACAGCCUAGUCUAGUGCCAUUGAUGUUGAGUAUAAAUUUUUAUGUAUUAAAUAUAAUGUACUUAAUAACAA